AUGAAGGCCUCAAUCAUCCUCACCACCCUCCUCAGCACCUCCGCCUAUGCUGGCACCCUCCCCACCAAGCGCCAAAACGCCGCCAACGAGGCUGCCCUCCAGCAAGCCCGCGAGGAAUCCGCCGCAGCCAUCGAGCGCGGUCAAGGCCGGGGCCGACUUCUUCUCGAUGAGGGAAACUGCAGCGAGGCCUGUAACCGCUGCCGUACUAACGCCGUCACUACCGCUGUAGCUGAGGUCUUUGCCUGCGGUACGGCUGCGGUCGCUGUCGAUGUUCUGACUGCUGGUGUUGCGACGUUCCUUGAGGCUGCUGGUUUUGCGGCAUGCGAGGCUGCGGUUGUCACUACUUUGAAUGAGAAGGAGGAGACUUGUCUUAAGGAGUAG